AUGAAAGUUGGGUCUUCAGCAUGUUCAAUCGAUUCUAAAUUGGAUGCGAUUAUUAAAAGAAAACUGUUAAUCGAGGGUGAAAGUGGAAUUGAUGAUAAACGUUUCGCAUUGCUCCUCAAGGAUUAUUUGCAUUGGGUUGGGUCUGAAAAUGUGGCGGAUUUAAGUGAUAAUGUUUAUCAGUCAAUACUCGAAAAAAUUUUCCAAUGUGAGAAUUCCAUGGAUCAAGCCUACCUUAUUCAAAGGAUGAAUUUAGAACAAUCAAAUCGUUAUACAAACCUCCUCGAGGAUAUUGAUAAAUCAAUCGAAAAGGCACAAGUUGAUAUAAUGGAGGAAAGGAAACGUCUUAAGGAAGCGAGAGUUAUUAGAAAAAAUCGGCAAGAAUAUCACAAUCUUGCUAAGGUGGUUAAAGAAUAUCCAGGGAGACAAAAAACGCUAAAGUUAGUUUGUAAUUUAUCGUUUUUUCUCAGUGAUGAUUCUCAUAUUAUAUGCUUCUUUUCAUUUCGUAGAAAGCUUGAGAAAAUGAAAGUUGAGCUGAAUAAUCUGAGGAAUAUUGAUAGGAUGUACGACGAAAAAAUCAACCUUCGGAAAAAACAAUUUCAUCUUUUUCUCGUUGCUGCCAGAGAUCUGCAAAAAACAAUUGAACAAGACACACCGAUUCCUACUGAAUCCGUUGAACAAAAAGACACUAAUCCUGGAAGUCCAAUGGAUACUUCCUAA